AUGGCAUUCAAGAACACCACAAGAUGGACGUUGUCCAAUGUUUUACCGGUUCUCUUCGUGCUGCUUGUCAUCGCAGCGAUUUGGUCAUCAUAUGUAUGGCUCCACCUCCUGAGACUGCUCCAGUUGGGCAUGAAAGAGGUAGACAAAGAAAUGAGGACGUCCGGCAUGGUCCAGACUGUUGUCUCCCAGACCAUAGUCGUGCUCAUGAUGAUCUGUUUCUGGAGGGCUGUCUUUACUGAUCCCGGAUCGGUGCCAGACACAGAGGAAUGGCUGCCCGAGACACACAGGCAAAGCCCUGCCACCAGCCAGGCGCAGACGCGGCGCUACGAGGUCAAGCAGAAGGGAGGCCAGCGCCGCUUCUGCCAGAAGUGCGUCAAGUACAAGCCAGAUAGAUGUCAUCACUGCAGGGUCUGCAACUCGUGCAUCCUCCGCAUGGACCACCACUGCCCGUGGAUUGCGAAUUGCGUGGGAUUCAGGAACCACAAGUACUUCUUCCUUCUGGUUUUCUACGCUGCCCUGAGCUGUUGGUUCAUUAUAGCCACUAUGUCGACCAGUCUGAUCCGGGCCGGUGAGGACGAGAUGGAUCCGACUUCCAGAUUCGCUCUCGUCUUUGGGAUGACCCUGGCGGUCAUCAUGGGUACCCUGCUCGGUGGAUUUUUCCUUUUCCACAGCUGGCUGGCGACCUUGGCGCUCACGACGAUUGAGUUUUGCGAGAAGACAGGCCCUCAUUCGAGUCGCGCAGUCAGCUACGAUCAGGGCCUCUUUGAGAACCUUCGCGCAGUUCUCGGGCCCUAUGUGAUUCUGUGGUUGUUGCCCCUGUCUCCACCCAGCGGUGAUGGGCUCGCAUUCUUUGCACAAGUGCAGGGCAGCACAAAGGACACCGCUGAUGAUGCGCGUGAGACAGCGCCUCUUCUCGAAGGCGUGCUCCGUUAA